CGUGCAGUUCAGCAGGCAAGAUGUUGUUUGGUUUAAGCUUAUACUUCGACCUCCUGCUGGGGCUGGUCACGUUAAUUAUCAGUGUGGUACUUUACUUGCGAUACAAUAUGUCGUACUGGGAACGCCAUGGAAUCCCAUAUAUCAAGCCAAAUUUAUUAUUGGGCAAUUUCGACGAGCUCUUGAUCAAAAGAGUACCCACUGGACUCUUCGGUCAAAAUAUGUACGAGAGAGGCGCCGGUCAUCCCAUGGUGGGCAUAUGGGCGCUGCAGACUCCCAGUCUUCUGAUCAGAGAUCCGGACCUCAUUAAAAAUAUCCUGGUCAAGGAUUUCAAUUAUUUUUGCGACCGGUACAGCGGCGGGGAUGGGGAUUUCGAUCCGGUCGGACGAAAAAAUCUUUUUAUGACGAACAAUCCACACUGGAAGACACUGAGGACACAUUUCUCGCCGAUUUUCACCGGAAAUAAACUUCGGAACGUGUAUCAGAUCAUGAUGGAAAUUAGCGACGGUUUGACGGACUACUACAAAGAGAAGUGUGGCCAAGAUGGCGCCACUUUCGAACUCAAGGAUUUAUACACGAGUUCUAUCGAAGUCAUAUCCAGCUGUAUGUUCGGUAUAAAAGCAAAUAGCAUACGAGAUCCUGAUUGUACGAUCGUAGAGAAUGCCAAUAAGUUAAUUAAUAACCAAAUCAAACGUCUGCUUGAGAUAACCAUUUAUUUCAUGGUACCGCAACUUAUAGAUAUAUUUAGGGUGCAAUUGGCAGGAUCUACCACGAAUUUUUUUAGAAAUUUAUGUUGGGACUCGAUCAAACAGCGCGAGAAGAAUGGAAUCAAGCGUGGUGACGUUGUCGACUGCCUUUUGAAAAUUCGUAACGAAUCAAAGUUCGAAGACGAUAUGAUCGUGGCACAGACAUUUAUUUUCUUCGCCGCUGGAUUCGAGACGUCGGGAACCACAACGUCGUUUUGUAUACACUACCUGGCCGCGUACCCAGAAAUACAAGAAAGAGCAAGAGAGGAGGCAAUGGCGAUAAAGGAAAAAUACGGAAGUUUCACUUACGAGAGUUUGUCAGAGGCCAAAUACAUAGAAAGCAUCAUACAAGAAACGCUUAGGUUAUAUCCGCCGAUGCCGAUACUAAACAGAAUAUGCGUGAAGGAUUACAAAGUGCCCGAUAUGGAUUUCGUGAUCAAGAAGGGGACGCCGAUCUUCGUAGGAAUUAUGGGAAUGCAUAAGGAUCCCGAAUAUUUUCCCGAACCUGAAAAAUUCGAUCCCGAUCGAUUUUCGGACGAAAGAAAGGCUGACAUCAAGCCACAGACUUACAUGCCGUUCGGAGAAGGUCCGAGAAUUUGUAUCGGUAUGCGCUUCGCCAUGCUGAGUAUAAAAUUGUCACUUUGCUCCUUCCUCACGAACUUCAGGGCUGAGAGGUGCGCUGAGACUCAAUUUCCGGUGAAAUUAGUUCUGGGCACACUUACCAUGAUGCCUGAGAAUGGUUUGAACGUCAAAGUAGUGCCCUUGACAUCGUGUAAAUGAGCCUUAAACUAAUUUGUGGUAAGGUGGUUCGAGCACUCGAGCACUUCCGAGAUACGGAUCUAAAUUUUGUAUAUGUUCCUAGCAGAUGCUUAAUGGUCGUGCGUGGAAAAAUUUCAGUUAUUUACCGUGCAGUCUUCGGGAUACAUGGAAUGAAGUAGCCAAAAAAUUCCUAUAUUCCUAUACUAGGCUUGUUAAAGUAGAUAAAUUUUUUUCGAUGUAUCUUAGCCUCCGAACGAUAAAAAUGAAUGAAAUUUCUAUGAAACACGUCUUUUCGAUGUCGGGCGAAUUAGCUUAAAUGUAAAUAAUUUUUGUUCGUAUGAAUUCUUUAAAGUAAAUUAAUAAUGAUAAAGGAAUAUAUAAUUUUUUUAUUUAAAAAGAAUGAAGGAAUUAAAUAAAGUAAAAUUCCUUUCUUAUGAAGUAACUAUACGUAAGCCAUUAUUAGCCAAGUAAUUAUACGUAAGAUUGGUGUCUCUUUUACAAGUAAAGUUUAUUGCAUAGUACUAACAGUGUCAUUAAAAAAAAAAAGGAAUUAACUAUA